AUGACCGAUGCUUCUAACUGGGCAGCAAAAGCAUGGAGCGAAGAAUCUCAACAAGUAAAAUCAGAGUUUAGAGAAUAUGCCCAACACUUAAAGCUUUUUUAUAAACAAAGAGAAGCCGAACUCGAAACAGAAAAUAUUCAUUCAAUUCCAUUCCAAUCGACACCAUCGACCUUUCAAGAUAAUAACAUAAUUAUUCCUGAUUGCGAACACAAUUCAAACCCAUCGAAUUCAUCGCUAUUUUACAAUGAUCCUCAAUACAGCUUUGAAAAUGAUC